AUGGCAAAUGCAGUUGACGCAUACGUCUAUGACUACAUCAUCAUUGACGCGGGAGCCACCAUUGACACUCUCCAGCUGCCAGGCCCAGGUGAUAUUGGUUGGAAUGCCCUUCCACCGAGACAAGUGGAGAGAAUUCAUCAACGUGAUCAUAUGGUCCUGUAUCUGACAAAUAUGGGGGCUUCAUACCCCUUCAAACUCAAAGAAGCUGUUCAGGACAUGUCUCUGCUGUUGUAUGAACGGCGUGGGGACUGUGAGUGCGUGGUGAAGCGCAUGCCGAAGGCACCCACAGUUCUCAACGUGGAGUACUGCUUGACAAGCCAGCAUUUGCGUUUUCGGUUGCUUUCUCUCAGUGGCCGUCGGAUUUGUGGUUUCUGGUGGCCCACUGACCAGCCGCUUCGAGCAGCAAUGGUGGUCAACAAUUUGGAGACCAUAGUGGCCAACGAGAUGAAUAAAAGCAAGCAAAACCCCAUCAAGCUCGUUGGUUCCAGGUCCAACCACACCUUCAAUGAUAAGGACUGUUUUUCGAUCUGA